GGUAGCAGUGGUGGAAGAUGGCAAGAAACGAACGAAUCGCGUGCUACUGUAAACGAAGUUAAUCGAGUAUCAUUUGCGACGGCCGUGCAGUCUCGGUAUAGUCGACGUCCUCGAGGUUUCGGUGACGAUAUACUGUUUCGCUUGAUGAUGAUGUGAGAAGGCAAAGCAAAGUUGGAAGGGGGGUAAGAGUUCGGCGAACGGAACAGCCGAAAACUCUUGCAAGCGAUGUCAAACAUGCGGCGACAAAUUUCACAGAAAAGUUUACCAAACCGCCGGCGUGUUUUGGCCAAGAUUUGUCAGUGAAACCAGUGCCAAUGAGUGUGAAUAUAUGGCGGCGCGAGUACUUUUACUGAGCAUCUUGUUUUCAGAAGUGCUAAAACCCGCUUGUGCCGCAGGUGUCAAAGAAAUUGGAGCUGGUUUACAUAAUAAAAACGUAUCGAAACCAGAAAAUUUCAACACUAGUCCAACCAAAAGUACUGGUGUAACAUUAGAAAUUCAACCUAGUGAUCAUGUGAUAUUAGGAAAAAAAGGAAUUACACUUAGUUGUAUAACUGGAUCAAAUCAAAAUAUCUCUUGGUUACACAAUGGGGUACCAGCACCGCCGUGUGGAAUCACACGUUGUACACUUUUACGAAAUGGCUCUCUUAACUUACAUAAGAUGUUUAAGGUGCAGAAGUCUAAGGAAAAGAACAAUAUUACAGUUAAUUUUAGGGAUUACAGUAAAGAUGAGUAUCGUUGUGUAACACAUACUAAUUUAGGACUUAUACGAUCAUCUCCUACCUUUAUACAAAUAGCAGAACUUGCCCAUAUAUUUAAAGAAUCGCUUGAAAAUAUAACUAUACAAGAGGGUGAAGUAGCAAGAUUAUCUUGUUUAAUAGACAGUGUUCCUUUUCCUCCUAAUAUCACAUGGCAGCACAAUGGAAAAACAUUGUUACCCGACCAGAAUAACUCAAAUAGGUAUUUUAUGGUACCACCAGGUGUUCUGUAUAUAAAAGCAACAAAGUUAUCAGAUGCUGGUUCAUAUAGAUGCAUAGUAAAUAAUGAAUUCCUAAAGAAAACCAAAAAAAGUAAAGAGGCAAAAUUAAUUAUUAUCUCUCAAGCAGAGCGUAAUGAAUCACAUACUUCGCCAGGGUUAUAUCCGCAGGUUUCGUACAAUCAUUGGUUGUUAAAUGGAACAAAUCUUAGUUUAGCGUGUGCUGCAUCCGGAUAUCCAUCUCCGCUUAUGACAUGGACAUUUAUUCCUCGCUACACUGAUAAUCAUAAUGUUGCACAACCUCGCAUUUUGCUUAAUUCUAGUAUUGGCAUUAGCAUAUUGUCAUUAAUAAAUGUGAGUGUGUCUGAUGCGGGAGUUUAUCUAUGUUCUACAAAAAACUUUGUUACAAAUAGUUUGGAGAUUCAGAAUAUAACGGUGGAUGUUUUAGUGCCACCUUCGUUUUUGAAGACACCUAUAAAUCAAGUAUGUCCAAAUGGAAGAACUGCAAGAUUUGAGUGUCAAGCACAGGGAUUACCUAUGCCUAAAAUAUAUUGGUUAAAAGACUCAUUAAAUAUUACAAUUAACGGACGUAGGACUACGUAUGUAAAGGAAUACAAUAAAAUGGAGCUGGCAAUAUCAGCGACGGUUCCUUCAGAUUCUGGUAUUUAUCAAUGUGUUGCUGUAAAUUCAGCUGGAGAAAUUUGGGCCGCAGGUCGGCUUCAAGUAAACACAUCUCGUAAUAGUCCUGCUACACCUACCUCUCUAAACUGUCAUGCUUUAUCACCAGUUAAAAUUUUUAUUUCUUGGGAGCCACCAAAGUCUCUACCAGUUACCAGUAUUACAGCUUAUACCGUCCAUUAUAGUCCUGUAGAAGGAGGUAAAGAAGAAGUUUCUCCGCCUGAACCAGGUAAUUCUACAUCGGUAGAAGUAACAAAGCUUCUGGAGCCAUUUACAAAUUAUUCCUUCUACGUUCGAGUGUGGAACAAUCAUGGUGCUAGUGACCAAUCCGCCACCAUUUUGUGUUCUACAGCUCCAAGUGUUCCUAAAGGUGUACCAAAAGUAAACGUGAAUAUAAUUAGUAGUACAAAAUUAAAUGUAUCGUGGGAACCGCUGACUAAAUCGGAGUCCCGUGGUAUCGUGGUACAAUACAAAUUACAGUGCAGACCGCAUGAAUAUCCAUUUUCUCGCGUUCUUCAUUUGCCAGCUAGCGUGGAAUCUCAUGUACUUUCUGAUCUAAUACCCGGAGCACAAUAUGAUUUACGAGUACUAGCUAGGACAAAUCAAGGUUGGCCUAAUAUGAGUGAAUCGCAAUUAGAAUGGACCACCGUAACUAUGCCAUCUGCAGAAUCAAUUGUUAUAAAAAAUAUUGUGGAUAUACAAAUAUUAAUCGUAAAUUCUUCUGUCGUGAAGGCGAAAUGGAAUAUAAAUCUUAAAGAAAAUGACAAGAUUGAAUCGGAAUUUGACUUUUGGCAAAUCUAUUGUGAAAAUCAAAAUGGACAUAAAUUAGUAAAUAUUUCGUUACCACUGAAUGUUACUGAAUAUGUAUUUACUGAUCUUGAUAUAAACGUUUCUUAUACAGUAGGCUUGUGCAUGAUAAGCUCUGGUGAGGCGACAGGUUGCCUAACAAAACAAAUAGAGACGAUUCAACCUGAUGCAAAUAACGUACCAAUGGCUCUGGAAGCUGUUCCUAUUUCGCCAACUUCUAUAAACGUGACAUGGUCGUUGAGUGACGUCCACGAAGUGGACGGUUUCGAAUUAUGUUAUCAUGCUAUUCAUACAACAAAUUUAGAUGGCCCUAAGUGUUUUAUACUAAACGAUACCAAGACAAGCGUCGAUAAACUUAGACCAUUUACGUUAUAUCAAUUUAAAGUAAGAGCUAUUCGAAAUAAUACAAGCCAAAGCAGUUUUUACAGCGAAUCUAUAGAAUGUUAUACGAACGAAGACAUUCCUGGAAAGGUGGAAGAGGUACAGUGGUUUUUGGUAAAUAAUUCAAAAGUACGAAUCGCAUGGAAGGAACCGAGUAAUAUAAACGGCAUAAUACAAAAUUACUUUGUCAUAUACACCACGAAUUUAAUGGACUCGGCUACAAUGUGGAGGAAUGUGACAGUACCUGGCAAUAAAACUUCGACAAUUUUACCUGGUUUAACUUCAGGGAAACGUUAUUUCGUUAAGGUUCAAGCUAUGACAAAGGCUGGUUACGGUAAACCAUCCGAUCCCAUAAUUAUUACUGGUGGUAGACCAGUAAAAAUACCUAAUUCUCCGGAUGAGCAAAAACCACCACAAAAUACUAAACCUGAUCAAAGUCUCGGUGUAAUUCUCGGUGUAAGCAUAAGUAUUGGAUUUCUUACAAUUUGUCUAUGUAGUAUGUAUUGUCGAAAGAAAUGUGAAAAUGCUCGUAUCUUGAGAGAAAACGCGCAAUCUACAAAAGGUCGGGUAUUGAUACGAAACGGUAACAGGUGCUGCGUAGAUCAGUCUUCUACAUCAGUCAAUCAGCAAACUAAUAUUAGAGUAGCUCCAAAUGAAAUUGAACUUGCUGUUCUUUGCCCGUCAUCUCCGGUUACGACUAAUCCGCAUUUGGAUACGAAGGGCGGAAAAUCUAAUGGAAUUCUUGAAUCUUGUGCAAAGGAACCAUUACUACCGUCGUGGGAAGUAAAUGGUGAAACUAAAGAUAUUCAAAUAACGAAAAAUUCACAGUACAAAUCCAAAGACAGCGUUGUCUUGAACAACGAGAAACAAGAGCAAGAAUUAGACCUAGAUUUGGAAGGCACACAGCUCACGAUGGUCAAUUGUACUUUAGGCAGUAGCAGUAGCAGUUUAAAUAAUAACUCUGGAUAUCCAGACGGAGACACAUCCCUGUCGAAAUCGAUGUGUAUAUCCGUUCCAGCACUUGGGCCAAAUGGAUGAAAGCAUCAGGCAAUAUAAAUCGAGUGUUCACAUUUUUCUCCUAUGCUAAUGUGCAACAGGUAGGAUGCAAAAGUUUUCCUUCGACUUGAAUCAGUUGGCUGCAACAUGUACAUAUAUGUGUAUACACAUACGCGUACGUAUAAAUUAAAAGUAACAAGAAUGGAAUUCUCAAUGAAGUAAAAAGCAAUGCAAGUUACUAUACUUGCAAGUUUCGCGCAGUAUAGCUUGUAAAUGAAACACUAAUGCAUAUAUAAGUAAUGUAAAUAAUGGUGUCGUGGAAGUGUGUUAAAUCUGAACAUUUCAGCUAUUAUCUUGUAAAUAAUUUUUCCCCGAAGCAAGUUAUUUCUAUCAGCAACACAGUAUCUCUGUAUUAACAAUUCAGCGAGGAAUUAUGGAAAUUUCCAGAUGUCGUUUUAUGGAAAAUGGUACUGUGGUACGAACGAUACUUAAUAUUCAUUAUAUAACUUGCUCAUAUAUGUAUUGAGUUAAUACCUGUGAAAAGGUAAAAAAAGAAAAAAAAAAACAAAACAAAAAGACAAAAAAAAAAAGCAAUGAAACUGAGAAUGAAUCAAUCAAUAGGAUAGCAAGAGGAUAUUUGAUGCUUCUGUACAUAGGAUAACUAUUAACUGUGAAUAUGUUUUUAUAAAGUAACAUGUUUCGGAUAAUGGCAAAAAGAUAAGUAAAUAUGCAUUCCUUUACGCUAGGGAGGGCAAAGAUAUUAAAUAUCCGGGUACAGGUAUGGCCUAAUGGUAUGUAUUGCUUUUGAAGAGAGCAAUAGUAUUGAUCAUUCCACACUCGUUAAGUUUUCCAUUAGCUAAAUCUAAAUGAAGAACGAAAGAUUUUAAGCUUUAAAAAAAGACGUACUAAUCGGAUCGUUUCAUACAUCCAAAAUGCAACUUAGGUUUGUUUUUUUAUCACAAAUAUUAUAACAAAGUACAUACAUGCAUAACAUUUAAAACUUUGACAAAGAUUUAUUCUAUUAAUGAAUUGAACAUUAUAACGCAUUUUUGAAUAAUCGAAACGAUCAUAUUAAUUUAACACAGUCUUGUUUAAACUAGAUGUCUGAUCAUUGUAUUAUACACUAUUGAAUAAUAUACAGCGAACAGGAAAAAAUAAAUAGUACUAUUUAAAGGGCCCGCUAAAUUUGUUUGCCGCAUGUACAGAAUAAGUUAAAUAGUUUGGGGUUCUCUAUAAUUUAAAUAUUAACGUAACGAUUGGAAACCGUGUUUAUUGUAUUCUAUAUAUUUUUUCCUGUUCGCGGUGUCAGUUUACACGAUAGGGAUAAAUUUUACGUUGUACAAGACAUUUUAAAAUUAACUACAUCAUACGAAAAGGAAAACGAAACAAAACUACAAACAUAUUCCAGACUGGUGCAUGUUACCAUGACAGAAAAAACCCAAUACAGUACCUGAUAGAAUAAGCUAUAUCUUUUAGAGUGAGACGUAGAUAUGUCAUGUUAUUAUUGUACCUCCAUUAAUUGUUAUUUAUUACAUUUUACAUUCAGUACUAUUUCAAAUGAUCACAUAACACUGAAUUCCGCAAUAACGUAGUCACUACAAGCACAGUAUGAAACCAUGUAAAGAUAAAAUUAAUUCAAUCUGCACAUGCUAGAGAUUUUACCAUAUAUUUAUUGCAUAGAUUUCUACAUCUUUAUACGAAAUAAUUUGUUAACCGUAUAAUUUUAAAUCAUUUCUAUCAAAAUGAUUCUGCCUUAUGUUAAAGCAAUGUUGCUAUUAAUACAGAUCUUUUAUAUAGUACAUACUUCACACCAUACUUCUCUAAGUAUAAAUUAUGAUUUAUUUUUUUUUUUUUUUAACUCGGUACUAAUAGGUUAUUACGGGACUUUCCUAUUUGAAUAGUUACAAGAUCUGAUGCAGUUUUAUGGAAUAAAACAAAAGGAAACUUUAUUUGCAUAUUACGCAUGAAAUUCGCUACAUAUUCUACGAUCACAUUCAUUAGAAUCUCAAUUUACGCAUACACGAUUGUAGCUAUUUCUUCUUGAUAUUUCUACAACAAGUUUCGUUUGUUGCAAACACAAUUCACAGAUAGAAUGCUUAAUUUGUGAUUUUUUUUUUAUUUAAAUGAUUUGUUUUCCAUUUGUUAUCGUAUUUAACACAACCUGUUACAUUUUACGUUACUGACAUAUAGUAGGAUACUUUUAUAUCUGUUGAAGGUAUUUGUUACACUUUCUAGAGUUAAAUGGGAAAUGAGAAUUGAUAUACGUAUAAUCAAUAGACAACUAAUAAACAACCGCUCAUGAAUUUGUUUUCCCUUUGCAUCAAACUCUUAAAAUAUUUCUAAAUAUCAUUUGCACUGUAUGUAUAUGUUAAUUAUUAAGCUUGUACAAUUUUAUAACACCGAUGGAAUUUUUUUUUAAUUCUAAGGAGAAAGGUAUUAUUUGUUUCUUUUUUUAUGGGGGGGGGGGAAGAUGAUAGUUCAAAAGUGUUGACACAUGACGGAGACAAAAAAUAAGUAAUACGGCGA